AUGGACAAGCCAUCUGCCGCCUCCGAUGGCGCUCCUGGCACGCUCCCGUCGACUGCCGCUCAACCCAAUAAUAACAACCCCCCCUCUCGCAUCGCUGUUCCCGCCGCCUCUGCUGCCGCCACCCCAGCAGAAGCCCUUACGAAUGGCAUCCCCCAUUCUGCAUCAAAGGCUUCGUCGGCCGCCAACUCCAACGGAACAACACCCAACCCUUCCCGGGACGCCUCUCCCGGUCGCCUGAUUCGAAAAGCCACUUCCUCGAGCCGCCUCUCCGGCACACGCUCUCGCAAAAACAGCCAGCAGGACCUCAGCCCGACCCGCCCUUCCAGGUCACAAAUACCGACACACACAGCAGCUGCGCGAAGCCUAUCAACCUCUGCCACCCCCGCCCUGCCGCCCGGCGUCAAGGAAGCACAGCAGGCUUCAACACCACAGAAGAACGGCGUUGUGCCGACCGACUCCAAGGACAGCCCCCGAUGGCCAAUAUCCCCUCGAUUGCGAUCUCCACCACCAAAUUCAAACAGGGCCGGCCCUGCAGCACCAAAGUCCGAGCCAGAUCUGCCCGCCAUCAACGUUUUGCAAGCCAGUCCUGCUGUCAAGCCCGCCGACACUCAGGCUACAACGGAGAGUGAUACUGACGAUUCCAAGUCUGGCUCUGGUGUCCACACGCCUGUCCGUGCCGCCCUGGAAACUGUUCAAGAGGUCACUACCCCGGCUGCCGAGCGCGGCAUCCUGGAUCAUGUCAAGGAAAAGCUUGCUGCUCCCGAUCCCCAGUCCGACACCGCCUUGAGCGAUGGUGGACGCACCGUGAGAGCCCGCUCCAACCAGACCCCGGACAACACAAUGGAGGGUGCGAAUAGGGCCGACAUCCGGAGGACUACCUCUGUGCCCCCGCCUCCUGUCGCUCGCCAGUCUAGCUCGCUGUCAAUGAAGCAGGGCAAGGGCAAGACGGAAGGCUCCACGCAGAACAUGACUGUCGAGACCGAGACUGUGGCCAGCAUCCCACAGGUGGCCCUGAACUCCAGCUCCAAGGCCGACGGCGCAAACGGCACUCUCAAGACCAAGCAGAGCACCGAAACGAUCAAGCCGAAGAAGGAAAAGAAGAAGCCGGCCCGAAAACAACCCAACGUUCACACCGGAACAUCCGCCUCCAAAGCCGACAACUUUGAGGCCAAGAUUGCCAGCGCCGUCGACGAGGCCAACACUUCCGACUCGGAAGAAACUUUUGUCUACGACUCUAACCCUCCUGACGGCGGUGACCGUACUGUUCGUCGUUUCCACUCGCGUACGCCCAGCGCCACCUCCAUGGUCAGCCAGCCUCCCGAUCGCCAAAACGUACGCUCCAUUUACGGUGUCAUGGAGGCUAGCGGCCAUCAUGGCCCCGUUCCCAAGAAGAGCAUGAAGUUUGUCAACACAUUUAACGGCUCUGGGACAGAAAGCUUGACUCCUGGGGAAGACGACGGCAAGGCCUCCGGUCGCAGCGCCGGUGGCUCCGGCCGCGGAACCGCAAGACACCAUCAUCAUAUUGGCAGAUGGGGUCGCCAGCCCAACAACAGUCACCUGUCCAUAUUUGACAACGAUUCGCCCUUUGCCAACACGGUCAGAUCAAAGCCCGCGAAUCCCGGAUCUCGAACCUCAUCAGGCCCGACAAGCCCGCGCAAUCAUCAUUCUCCCCGUGGACAACUCAGCUCCAAGCGCUCUGCUCUUCAAAUGUCGUCCAUCUACGACAUGGAUGAGAAUGCUGGUGUCGAUGACGAGCGAACGCCCCUGAUGGGAACCGCUCGCUACAGAUCCAGUCGGAAUAGGCGCGGUCCCCACAACCUCCGACAGGCAGAGUCUCAGACCUACACCAGGCGAUCUUCGUACCUGAACCGAUUUGCGGCAUGCCUUGUCCUUACCAUGAUGUUUCUCCUGGUAAUUACUGGUGCCAUUGGAUUCAUGUUUGCCACGUCUCAGCCCAUGGCUGGCAUUGAACUCGUCUCGAUUCAGAAUGUUGUCACAAGUGAACAGGUUCUCAUAUUUGACGUUUCGGUCAAGGCUCACAAUCCAAACAUUGUCCUGGUUACAGUCGACCACACUGACCUGGAGAUAUUUGCCAAGUCGGACCACGCCGGCACAGAUUCAGACUGGUGGAAGCAGCCUGGACCUGGAGAUGAAAUGCAGGCUCGAGCCGGCGGCAAGAAGCCCAAGGACAAGGACGGCAAGCACGAUGACGAUGGCGACGAGGAAGACAACCGUCCCAAUAUUCUCUUGGGCCGCAUCACCGAGCUUGACAGUCCACUCAUGUUUGAGGGCUCACUCUUCCACCAGGGCAGUUCUACCUCGACUGGGGAGAUGAAGCUCCAGUCUCCUGGAAAUGGCACAGCCGGAGGUGUCAAGAGAUGGGAUCUCAUCUAUCAGAAUGAGUUUGACCUCAUAAUCAAGGGUGUCUUGAAGUACACUCUACCUCUUAGCGCCCGUGUCCGCAGUGCGACCGUCUCAGGACGUACGACAGUGAAGCCCAACUCGGCCAAUGAUCCCUCCCUUCGACCCCCCAAUUCGACUGUACCGAUUACUCCGGUUACUCCAGUCACCCCAAACAAAUAA